AUGUUUGCAUCUUCGGAAUAUCAAGAUGACCAUGCUCCACUGUGGUCAUUUGUUACAAUAAAGGAAAAGAUAGGAGAUGGGGGUGGUAAUAGGCUGUGGAGUUGUAAUUUUUGUGAAAAAGUUGUCAAAAGUUCAUACUCUAGGGUUAAAGCACAUUUGCUCAGAAUUUGUGGUAGUGAAAUUGCUACCUGUCCGAAAGUUACUGAUGCAUAUUUGGUUGAUUUGAGGAGUGUUUGUGAAGAGGCUGAAAACAGAUUAAAGUCUAAGAAUGUUCCUUUACCUACUAACAAAAGGACUCCAACACCACCAACAUUACCACCAAAAAGAAGAAAAUCAAGCAAUAUAGAGAGUGCAUUUAAUAUUGAGGAUAGGAAUCAUCUUAGAGCAGAGAUAGCAAGGAUGUUUUAUUCUGCCGGCUUGUCAUUCCAUCUUGCUACAAAUCCACAUUUUGUUAGUUCUUAUUCAUUUGCUGCUAAUUGUAAUCUAAGUGGGUUUCUUCCUCCUAGUUAUAACGCAUUGAGAACUAUUCUUUUACAGCAAGAGAGGUCUCAUAUUGAAAGGUUGCUUCAACCUAUCAAAUCUUUGUGGAGUUUAAAAGGAGUUACAUUGGUUGUAGAUGGUUGGACAGAUGCUCAAAGAAGACCUUUGAUAAGCUUCAUGGCUAUAUCUGAAGAAGGACCUAUGUUUUUUAAGGCCAUUGAUGGGUCCAAGGAGUACAAGGACAAACAUUACAUGUUUGACUUAUUAAAGGAUGUAAUCAAGGAGGUUGGGCCACAAAAUGUAGUCCAAGUCAUAACUGAUAAUGUUCAUGUUUGUAAGGCAGUUGGGUUAUUGAUAGAAGCUGAAUUUCCUCAUAUUUUUUGGACCCCUUGUGUGGUUCAUACUUUGAAUCUUGGAGUGAAAAACAUUUGUGCUGCAAAGAAUGUUGAUGGUAAUGAGAAUGUCUUCAAUGAAUGUGGGUGGAUUGCUGAAGUAAUUGGCGAUGCUUCUUUUAUCAAGGUUUUCAUUAUGACUCAUUCAAUGAGAUUAGCAAUUUUUAAUGAGUUUUCUUCUCUUAAAUUGCUUUCAAUUGCUGAAACUCAUUUUGCCUCUAUGAUAGUCAUGUUAAAAAGAUUAAAAUUGUUGAAACGUUGUUUGCAAAAUAUGGUCAUUAGUGAUCAAUGGAUAUGUGACACCGAUGCUUCUAAUCUUCACUUAGUGUAUGAAAUGUGGGAUUCUAUGAUAGAAAAGGUGAAGACAACCAUCUAUAGGCAUGAUGAAGUGCUAGAAAAUGAAGUUUCUAAUUUCUUUGAAGUUAUUCAUGAAAUACUUAAUUCUAGGUGGAGUAAGAGUUGUAAUCCACUUCAUUGCUUAGCUCAUUCUCUAAAUCCAAGGUACUAUAGUGAUAAUUGGCUUAAUGAGGUUCCAAAUAGGGUUCCUCCUCAUAGAGAUGAUGAACUUUCUAGCCAAAGGAAUAAAUGUCUUAAGAGAUAUUUUCCACAUGUUAAUGUUAGGAAAAAAGUUUAUGAAGAAUUCUCUAAAUUAUCAUCUUGUGCGGGUGACUUUGGUUCAUUUGAUUCAAUUGAGGAUAGAUGGGCAUUAGAUCCAAAAACUUGGUGGGUGAUGCAAGGAUCCUCUACACCUAUACUCCAAAAGGUUGCUUUAAAGCUUCUAGUGAAGCCAUGUUCUUCCUCAUGCUGUGAGAGGAAUUGGAGUACAUACUCCUUUAUUCAUUCUUUGAAGAGAAACAAAAUGGAUCCAAAGAGGGCUGAAGAUUUGGUUUUUGUGCACUCUAAUCUUAGGCUUUUGUCUAGAAAAGAGGAAGGGUAUAAAAAAGGAGAGACAAGAUUGUGGGACAUUAAUGGAGAUGUACAUGAUCCACUUGAUGAUAGUGCUGGAGUUCUUGAAAUGGCAGAUUUAUCUCUUGAUGAGCCAGAUUUAGAAGCUAUGCUUUUCUUAGAUGAUGUCUCACAAUUUGUCAGUGUCACUAUCUCUUUUGUGGUUGAGGAAGACGUCCUUAAUGGAGCCUGUCCUACAGAAGAGAAGAGUGAUUGCUUGGAAGCAGGAGAUGUAACCAACAUAGCAUUGGAUCCGUUAUUCAUGUUUGUUUUCCAUUUGGGUGUUAAUGGUGCAGCUAUUUCUCAUGUUAUAAACCUUAGGUUUUCUUGA